ACCCUUGUCUCUUUGCCUCAUAUUUGUGCCACCCCGUGAUGCUCACUUGCUCAGCGACAGUAGGGCAGUAGUAGACGACACUAAGCAUAUGAUUCCCUCACAAACCCCCAAAAAACAUAUAUUAUUUGGCCACAUUUCAUUUCACUCGCUGGCAUUUCAUCUCCUUGACCUAUCCAAUGCACUGUUCAUCUUCAGUAGUUAUGUUUUCUCAGUGACUGAUAACAAGUUCUUGAAGGAAAGAAGCAAAUCUGGAGAUGUUUCUGCUGCUGCAGUCAUUGGCAUCCAGUGCUUUCUUGCUUUGGGAUGAAAUGAAUUAGUGGUCAGAUAGAUCCCUGUAGUAAAAGAUUGGUCAAUUUGGCACACAUCAUUUUUUUCAGGUCACCAGUAGCUAUCUCUCCAAUAACUGUAGUUCCUCUCAGCUCAGCCUUUUCUGAAGAGUUCAGUUGCUUGAUGCCAUCAUGCUGUCCUUCAGCUAAUCAAUCUCUCCUUGCUCCUCCUCCCAGCAUCAAAUCUUCAGAAAAUUCCCCCUUCUUCAUCACAUCACCAGAAUCUAUCACCUCUGUCACUGUUCUUGAUCACAAAAAGUUAAGACAGAUUUUGCUGUUCUUGCUAUCUUCCCUGCUCUGCUCAUCUCCUCUGCUCCAGUUCAGAAAUUGCUGCUGGUUCUUGCACAUUGGUGCUCAUCAAGAACUGAUCAGGAGCUGAAGAAAUCUUGUGAGAAGCUGAAGAAAUGGGAGGGAAGAAUCUGGUGGUGUUGUUCUUGGUGUCGGUGGUGAUGGCGAUGGUGCCAGGGAGCACGCAGCUGCAGGCGUCGCAGACAUGGUCGCUGCUCAAGAUCCAGCAGAUGCUCGGCUACCCGGCGGUGCUCGGCCACUGGCACAACUACACCGACUUCUGCUACGGCGGCGACUACAAGACCACGUCGGCGUUCGUCGAGUGCUACGGCGACAGCGUCACGCAGCUGCACAUCAUCGGCGGUGGCGGCGGCUCGCCGACGCCGCCGCCGCUGCCCAAGACGUUCUCCAUCGACUCCUUCUUCACCACGCUGUCGAGGCUCCCCGACCUCCGGGUGCUCACGCUCACCGGACUCGGACUCUGGGGCCCAUUGCCCGGGAAGGUGUCGCGGCUCGCCGCGCUCGAGAUCGUCAAUGUCAGCGGCAACUACCUCUACGGCGAGCUCCCCCUCGCGCUGUCGCGGCUCGGCAACCUGCAGACGUUCAUCGCCGACGACAACAUGCUAAGCGGCGAGCUGCCGGCGUGGCUGGGGAGGCUGCCGGUGCUCGCCGUGCUGAGCCUGAGGAACAACUCGCUGGAGGGCACCUUGCCGGGGUCGGUGAGCGACAUGGCGUCGCUGCGGUCGCUGUCGCUGGCGAGCAACAACCUGUCGGGCAACCUGCCGGACAUGAGCGGCGCCAAGAACCUCCAGGUGAUCGACCUCGCCAACAACUCGCUCGGGCCGGAGUUCCCGCGGCUCGGCCGGAAGGUGGCCAGCGUGGUGCUCGCCGGCAACAGGUUCAGCGACGGCCUCCCGCCGGAGCUCGCGUCGUUCUACCUCCUCGAGCGGCUCGACGUGUCCAGGAACAGGUUCGUCGGCCCGUUCAUGCCGGCGCUGCUCUCGCUGCCGUCCAUCGAGUACCUCAGCGUCGCCGGCAACCGCUUCACCGGCAUGCUCUCCGGCAACAUGUCGUGCGGCAACAACCUCAAAUUCGUCGACGUCUCGUCCAACCUCCUCACGGGGAGCCUCCCGACCUGCCUCGCCGCCGGCGCCGUCGGCAAGGCGGCGGACUCCGACUCCGACUCCUCCAAGACGGUGCUCUUCUCGGCGAACUGCCUCGCCACCGGCGACGACACGCAGCACCCGUCCCCGUUCUGCAAGAACCAGGCCAUCGCCGUCGGCAUCGUGCCCGACCAGGCGCGGAGGAAGCCCAGCGGCGCCAGGUCCGGCCUCGUCGCCGGCGUCGUGGCGGCCGCCAUUGCCGCCGCGGUGCUCGCCGGCGUGGCGGUCUUCCUCGCCGUGAGGAAGGCGAGCAUGAGGAGGGCGCAGGCGAGGCCGCCACGGAGGCUCGUGGAGCACGCGUCGAGCGCCUAUCCUUCCAAGCUCUUCGCCGAUGCGCGUUACAUAUCUCAGACAGUGAAAUUGGGAGCUCUGGGAAUUCCAGCAUACAGAUCAUUUUCUUUGGUCGAGCUCGAAGCGGCUACUAAUGAUUUCGAAGUAUCAAAUAUGAUGGGGCAAGAUUCUCACGGACAGAUGUACCGAGGAAGGCUAAGCAAUGGAACUCCGGUGACAAUCAGGUCUCUGAAGGUGAAGAGGAGCCAGACUUCCCAGAGCUUCAAUCACCACAUUGAGAUGAUCUCCAAGCUCAGGCACAGGCACUUGGUCAGUGCACUUGGACACUGCUUCGAAUACAAUCUCGACGAUUCCACCAUCACGCAAUUGUAUCUCGUCUUCGAAUACGUUCAGAAUGGCAACCUGAGAGGCAGAAUUUCACAAGGAACAGAAGGGAGAAAGCUCACCUGGGUGCAGAGGAUAUCAACAGCCAUUGGUGUUGCCAAAGGAAUUCAAUUCUUGCAUGGAGGGAUCAUACCUGGCCUAUUUGCGAAUAAUCUGAAGAUCACCAACAUUCUUCUAGACCAGAAUCUUGUUGCCAAAAUAGGCAGCUACAAUAUCCCCAUCCUAUCUGAAACCAUGAAAUCCGAGGGAGGAUCUGGCAACAAGUAUCCAUCUGAUAGUGUACCGAACGGUGAUAAGCUCGACAUCUUCGAUUUCGGCGUGAUACUACUCGAGGUUAUCUCAGGCAGGCCCAUCACAUCCAUCUACGAGGUGGAGAUAAUGAAAGAACAGCUGCAAUCGGCGCUGACGGCGGAGGGGACGGCGAAGAGGAGGAGCUUUGUGGACCCGGCGGUGAGCAAGGGGUGCUCCGACGAGUCGGUGAAGACGGUGAUGGAGAUCUGCCUGAGGUGCCUGGCCAAGGAGGCGGUGCAGAGGCCGUCGGUGGAGGACGUGCUGUGGAACCUGCAGUUCGCCGCGCAGGUGCAGGAUGACUGGAGAGGGGACUCCCGGAGCAGCGAGGAGUCGCCGCUGUCGCCGUCGCAGAUCCCCAGAGACUUAGAAGACGACCAGUAGAUCUGUAGAUGAUACUCCAUCAUAGCCUGCAGGUUGAGGCAAGAACAGCAACGGCAAUUCAGCGGGAAACAUUACAUGAAGCAAACAUUUUGCAGUGUGAUCUUUCAAGAACCGAACAUGAGAGAACAAUUCAGAUGGCAGCUGCAGCUGAAGCUAGACUGGAACUGGCAUAUGGUGUACUACUACCCUAUAAGAUAAGAUGUGUAUAGGGCCUUCUUGGUGUAGACCAGUAGAAGUCAGUGGGCUCUUUUACUUUCUUCACAUUUUUUUUAUCUUCUUUUUUUUUACCGCCUUUUCUAUAUGUUUCUUUUGAAUAUGUAAGAAGCUAAGCACAACUGUAAUUUUGUAAUUUUUCCCACUUUGAAUCUAGGACUAUAAAUGUCUCACUACGAAUCUAGGUCUAAAUGUAAUCAUGGUUCAGUACCUCGUUUAUGGCAUGUCCUCUGUAGGGGCACUUCGGUUA